CCUACAGUCACGCGACAAGGUUAUUUUAUGUUUUAAUAACUGAGCAACUUGCAGCAUCAGUAUCUAAGCAACCUUUGUAAACAGUUAAGUGUUCUGAGAAGGAUUAAACACUGAUGAGAAAGAAAUCUGUUUUGUAAAUUAUUGCAGUGGUUUGUCACUAGUUUUAUUUUGACUGUCCUGAGCAAAGUGAAAAUGUUAUUUUUCAAAGAAAUCAUAAGUGAAAAUGUUUUUCAAGGAAUCCACAUUUGAAAAUGAAACUUAAAAUUUUUGCGUCGGGGAGGGUCAUUAUGCCAGUGAUGUUUUUAAGGUUAUCUCCCCUCAUGUAAAGCUGCGUGGUGUUCGUGCGAAUAGCUUCAAGCAGCAACCAACGUCAUUCAAUCAUUUCGGUCAAAUAUCUAACCUGCAAGUUUGUUUAUGAAUUAUAGCUGGUAGAAAAAUGGAAUCAGAAAAAGGUAAAAUUGGAAGCCAGACAGUUUUGCCACCUGUUUUGCUUUAUGCUCACCCUUCAAUGGAAAUGUUAGCUAAAAAAAUAGUUUCAAUAUGCACAGAAUAUACUCUCGCUGGUGAAAUAUCCGAUGUUCACUCUUCUAGUUCACAAGAAUGCAGAGGCCAUGAAAUAACGAAUGACACUUCACAAAAUGAUACACAAGGAACCUCAUUGUGUGGAAUAACAUCAUCUUUAGCAGCUAAAAGACCUAGACGUAUCAAACGGCAAGUUCAGUUACGCAAAACCAUUAACUGGGGCAGCUUCGAUGAUGGUUUCCCGAACAUUUUCAUUUCUGAUGUUAAAUACAUGGCAGGCAAAGAUGUCAUUUUCCUUGGCAGUUUCCACUCUCCUGAGAUCAUAUUUGAACAACUUUCCGUUCUUUAUAUGUUUCCAAGAUAUCGUGCAAGGUCAUUCCAUUUUCUGUUGCCAUAUUUUCCUACUGGAACAAUGGAACGAGUUGAGAAUGAGGGUGAAAUACCUACAGCAAAAACUUUGGCCAGCCUAAUGUCUCAUAUUCCAUUUACUACAAAAGGACCAGCACAGAUAACAAUAUUUGACAUCCAUGCCCUUCAGGAACGCUUUUACUUUUCUGACACAGUCAUUCCAAGACUGGAGUCUGCCAUUCCUUUGAUGAAACUUGAAUUGGAGAAUAUGUUUGGGUGUAAUAACUACACAGUAGCUUUCCCAGAUGAUGGUGCCUGCAAACGCUUUCAACGCUAUUUUCCCAAUGCAGACACCAUAAUCUGCAACAAGAUACGAAAUGGUUCAAAAAGAAUUGUUCAAAUUAAAGAUGGGAACCCAGAGGGAAAAUCUGUCAUCAUAAUUGACGAUUUGGUUCUAACUGGAGGAACUUUGAAAGAAUGUGGCAAGAUUUUGCUUGAACAUGGUGCUGUUUCUAUCAGUGCUUAUGUAACUCAUGCUGUUUUUCCUAAAAAUUCUUGGAAGAAUUUUGUUGACAGUGAUAUCUUUGAUAACUUCUGGAUCACAGACUCAAUACCACAUGCCCUUCAACUUGCUCAACAUAAACCUUUCAAGCUACUUUCCCUUUGUGAUGCCAUUGCUGACUGCCUUCUGGGAUAUGAUCUGUUACCGUGAUCUCCUCUCACUUAUCAGUAGCUGUUUUGUGUAUAAAUUUAUUUGCUCAUCUUUAAUUUAUCAGACAUUCUUAACCUCACACAAAAUAUGGAAA